AUGACAUUCCCUACUCUUCCCACACGCUUGAUUGAGAUCCUGACUUUGGCGGGCUUAAUAUUUGUAGUGACAGCCACACUCGUCAAAGGUGGCACCACGGAAAGCACAACCCUGACACCUGCACUCACCAACCCCAUGGUGGAGAAACCAAGCGAUGAUCCCCACGCAUUAACUAUUGGACUGGCAACUGGAAUCGGAGGGGUGGUCCUAGUGGCUGGCAUUGUCUUGAUUGCUGUAGUCCUUGCUCGGAGAAGAAAGAGCAAAAGAACCAAUGGGAACGAAUCGACUAGUUUAAGGGGGCACUUGACUCCUCCCAAUCCAUCGCGCUCUCCUAGCCGUCACAUCUACCAGAGCGUCAUUGACCCGCCAUUGCCUGGUCAGAGUGGGAUGGAUAACCCGGUUGGUCCAACAGUUAUCGUGCGGAACGAACCCUCCGUCAUUAUUCCUCCGUCUCGACCAGGAGCAUACGAAGACGUGGAUAAUGACUUCCCUGUGAUCUACAGCACCGCCAAAGUCACCGACAAAGGAGACAAGAAUAUAGCUAAGCAAGCACAAAAAGCAAACAACGCCAUCAGUCUGCCCUCCAAUCCCGGUGACAGAGCUGAGCUCAAGAAUGUCAACGAUCUCUACUCAAAUCACGCCAUACCCUUCAACAAAACACAACAAAGAAAAAAGAAAAAUGAAGGAUCGUCAGAAAAUAUGGAAAACCAAUACAACACUUUGUAUGAUCUUAGACCAGUCGAAAGCAACACCGCUGGUACAGCUCUAAGAGGUGAUCUUGAGUACGACGAAAUAAAGCUACAGAAAGUGUAACAGAAAAACUUAGGCUUACUGGCAGGAGGGUGUGUUUCUCUGAAGUUUAUCUAGAGGGUUUUAACAGGGGUUUUUUUUUUGCUUCCAUUCCCGCCUUUUUGUGCACUACCAGAUUAGAUUGUAUCUGUGAUACCUUCUCAUAACUCACUUGUGAAAACAGUCCAGGCUGUAGAUUCUAGAUAAAAAGAUGAUGCUUCAGAAUUGGCUACUUGACGAGAUAGGAACAGCCAAUGCUGCAAAUCAUCUAAACCUUUCUCUCUUUCAUCUGUUCAUCAGAUAAGGUGCCAAGUUAUCACACUACAUCAUGAACAAAUAUAAUUUUUUAUCAUGUGAAUAACCAGGUUUCAUUUUAGUUCAGAUAAAAUCCCACGAGUGUGGCUAGAAUAUCGGAGCGCCCAGUUCCAAGUAACAUUUUGAAUAAGGCUAUGGAAUAUAAAAAAAAAACUGAGAUGAGAUCAGCAGAAAGUAUAAAACGCUCAACAUCGUCGUCGUUGUGACUGAGUUUAUGUAACUAUAAAGAGCCCUAAUUUUGAAGCAUUUAUUUUUUUCCGUACCAUAUGACCCAUGGAUUAUUUUGUUAACUCCGUGUGCACCUUUGCAUAUCAUUGCAAAUCGAUAUAAUGUAUACCAUGCAGAUGCGCUUUAAAACUGCCUUAUGUAAGAACAUAUAUAAUUUGUAAAAUUUAAGCCCACACCUGAAAAGUUAAUUGCACUGCUCUAUGCAUCCUUUACCCUGCGAUUUGGACAAAAAUAAUGCGAUCAU